AUGAGUGAAAGGACGACACCAUUUGAAGUGGUAGCCCAAUUCCCUUAUCAAUCGGAAUAUGAGGAUGAUCUAAAUUUUAACAAAGGACAAAAGAUUAAUGUUACAUCCAUUGAGGAUGAUGAAUGGUACUAUGGGGAAUAUACAGAUAGUACAACUGGAGAGUUAAUUCAAGGUAUUUUCCCAAAAAGUUUCGUAAUCGAAGAGACGGUAAACGUCGAGCCAACGGUUACAGAGGUCCCUGUUCCAACAAAAGUUACAGAACAGGCUCCCGUUCCUGAAGCAGUGCCCAUGCCUUUAAAUGAAACAGUAGUGGAAGCUUCAAAAGAGAAGGUCCCAUCACAUUUGAAACAAACUAUUAAGGAGGAUGGUUACGUUCCUAUGCCAAAGUCGACAAUGUUCGAGGAAUCGCCAGUUAAAGUUCCAACGAGCACUGCAAUCCCACCACCUGUAAAUGCGAGUAGUAAUGAUUAUUCUUCAAAAACCGAAGACGAUUUACCAAAAAUGAGUUUAAAGGAAAGAAUUGCUUUAUUACAGGAACAACAGAGAUUACAGGCUGAGAAGGAAGCCCAAGCUGCAGAAGCUGCAGAAGAAGAAGUUAACAACGAUAAAGAAAAUAACAACAUAGAAGUUAACAACGAACCUAUUGAUAAUACGGAAAAUGAAGUCCCUCCAUUGGCUAGUGCUAGAAAUAUUCCACAGGGCAUUCCUAAGUCGGAUACUAGUUCAGAAGAUGAAUUAGAACAAAAGAAGGAGGUUCCUCAUCAUGCUGAUUACACCCAACAGACUACAGCUACAGAAGAACCGCCGAUUCCAAAUGCUCCUGUGCAAUCAAUUCCAUCCGAACUAACAACAGUAGAACAUACUAACUUAUCGGGUGAAGAACCGCCAGUGCCUGUGAUGAAAAAGAUUGUAAGUACCACCGAAGAAGAGGAACCUCCCCAAGUGAUGGAAGGUGGUAACAGUGAUGAGGAAGUUGCGCAAAGAAGGGAAGAAGGUGAAGGUGAAGGUGAAGGUGAAGAGGAAGAGGAAGAAGAGGAAGAUACAGAAGAAUCUCGUAGAGCUGCAUUAAGAGAAAGAAUGGCUAAAUUGGCCGGUGCAGGGAGAUUUGGUGGGGCAGCUGGAUUUAAUCCAUUCGGUGCUCCAAUGCCGUCUACAUCAGGUACGUCUUCUAAAAAGAAGGUCAAAAAGUCUGCUACAAACCCUGCGGAAGCAGAAGCUGAACAAGAGCUAAAUGAGAUGCCAGAAGCAGUCCCAAUCAUGCCAUUUGCAGAUCCGAAUGCUGUUCCUUUCCUUAAGAAGAAAAUCUCUAAUGCAGAAAAUAAAGCCAGUGAAUUCGUUGUUGGGGCUGAAAAAAGUAUUGACACUAGUAAGGAAACCGUUGACGGUAACAUCGAUAAACUUAAAGAAAUCCACCAUAAAGCAUAUCAAAACGUAGGCAAUGCUCCUUCUGAAAGUGGGGAUGAAUUCGAAGACGCAAUUAACAGUAUGAGUGACACAAUAGAUAAUGCAUUUACAAGCGCCAAGGAUAAAACUGAAGAGGUACAAACGUUCCUGUCAGAAAAACAAGGAACCAUCCCAAUAGAUAUUCCUGAUAUCCCAACCAAAUCAACUGAUGAUCUUGAGGACACGUCAAACACAGAAACCACAGAGAGUAAGGCACCAGCCAUAGAAGAUAAAUCGGCUCCACCAAUUCCUUCGAUUCCACCAAUGCCAAAACAAAGAGAAGCCCCACCUUUACCAUCUGCUACACCUGUUGAUGAAGAAUUAGAACAGGAUAUUCAAACUGUUAAGGCACCUCCACCUCCUCCAACAACUACACUUCCUGAUCUUCCAUCCUCUUCAACUGUUCCUCCUAUUCCAUCUAUGCCUGUUACAUCUACUUCUAUCCCAGCAAUUCCAUCCAGUAUAGACAACUAUGGUACAUCAGAAACAAAUGUAGAUCGUACCGCAGGAGAGAAAGAAGCUUUCACAGAAGGUCAUGACCAUAUGCAUGCGCCUCCACCUCCUCCACCUCCAGCUGCAAGCACCAUAAACACCACUGAAGAAAUCUUCUCGUCUGGUGAUUCAUUCCCUCAUGGUGCUCCUCCUCCACCUCCUCCACAUCGUGAGGUUCAGGAGCUGCCUCAAACUUCUCGAUCAGCCCCACCACCCCCUCCCCCAGGGACCUCAGCGCCAACCUUUCCAGGUGUUCCUAGUGAUGCUCAUUCCUUAAAACUUAACAAAACAUUCAGUGAGUUAGAUGCUUCAUUAAGAAAUGUCAAAAUCGAAUUCAAUCCAAAUGAUACAUGGUUUUUGGAAAUAGCUGCACCACAGGAAAUUUUAGAUUCUAAACUGAAAUAUAGAAUUGACAUUGAUGACACUGCCAUUGAAAAGAGAGGACAUGAGAAAUGGAUCCAUAGGUCGUUCUAUUACAUCUUUGAGAAUUACGCAAUACUGUCGUUGUCAGUUGUCUUUAAUUCUGCUACACCGCACACUACAGCAAUCUUGGUAAGUGAGGAUUAUAUUCCAAGCCCAGAAAAAGUUUCUGAUAAGAACAUCGUAGGUCCAUAUAAUACAAGUAUCAUUAAACAAUGCCAAGCAUUAGCAGGGAAGGAAUCCAUACCCAGUAGUUUUGUCAGUCAGAUAAUAUCGAAAAUGGUUGACCAAAAUGUUGUUCUUCCAAUAGAUAAUCGUACAUUUGGCUCCGUUAUUUUAGAUUUUAAAGCAGGAAAUGAAAUUGACCAAGACGCCUUAAAAUAUGUAAGAGAAGGUGACAUUGUUGUAAUAAGAAAAGCCAAAUUUGAAACGCAUAAGGGAGUUGUAAAUGUUGGUGAACCGGAUCUCUUUGUUGCUGUUGUCACGAGCUACGAUUUUACUAAGGGAAAAUUGAGAGUUAUUGAAGAGCAUAAGGGUGUUUUAGUUCAAUCCAGUUAUAGAUUAUCAAAGAUGAAGAGUGGUAAAAUGAAGGUAUUUAGAGUUUUGUCCAAAGAUGUUUUCGGUUGGUAA